AUGGCUAGCCUGCGGGAACGCAACGCCCAGGAUAGAGAAGCCGUCUCUGAAGCAGCCAAGUCGCCGCCGACUCCAGGACAGCUGGAUACCGCCGACGCUGAACCCAGCCGCACUACAUCACCACCCGCCCCUCGCUUGGGCCGCGACGUUGGUGAGGACUCACCUCUCCUCAGCAGCAACGACUCGGAUCCAGGCGAUGCGGCAAGACCUAAUCCCGCAUCACAUCACCUUGAUGGGAUGCAGGAAACCAAGGGGCUAUGGUACAUGGUUAUGCUGACAAUCAGCAUGGGUGGUUUGCAGCUUGCCUGGGCGGUCGAGCUGUCCAACGGAUCGCCGUAUCUACUGUCGCUUGGCCUCAGCAAGUCACUCAUGGCACUGGUGUGGAUUGCUGGGCCAUUGACGGGAACCCUGGUUGUGCCGUACGUUGGCAUUAUUAGCGACAACUGCCGCAUGCCAUGGGGCAAACGCCGGCCGUUCAUGGUAGGCGGCACCAUCGCCACAGUUGCUGGCCUCAUGUUCCUCGCCUGGACGCGAGAGAUUGUCGGGGGCAUAUUGGGGCUUUUCGGCGCGGAUUCCAAGUCAGAAGGCGUCAAAGUUGUCACCAUCGCCGCCGCCGUGAUUGGCGUCUACGUGCUCGACAUUGCCAUCAACACGGUCCAGGCUGCCAUUCGAGCCUUUUUCGUCGACUGCGCGCCUGCUCAUCAGCAAGAGGAAGCAAAUGCAAUGGCGAGCCGGGCUACUGGCAUCGGAAACAUCAUGGGGUUUGUUGCGGGAUACGUGAACCUCCCCACGUACCUGUGGUUCCUUGGAAACAGCCAGUUCAAGAUACUUUGCGCCGUAGCCAGUAUUGGACUAGCAAUCACGAUCGCACUCAGCACGGCCAGCAUACGCGAAAGGAAUCCCCGGACGGACGGGUCCCCCAUCAAGAAGACGCCGAAUUUCGUCACCUUUUUCUUCAACAUCUUCAAGUCCAUCAAGCGGCUGCCGCCGCAGACCAAACGAGUCUGCCAAGUCCAGUUCUUUGCCUGGGUUGGAUUUUUCCCGCUACUGUUUUAUACGUCGUCGUACAUUGGGGAGAUUUAUGUCCAGCCAUACCUGGAGGAGAAUCCCAACAUGACGCCCGAAGAACUGGAGGCCUUGUAUGAACAGGCCACCCGCAUCGGGACCUUUGCGCUGCUGAUAAACGCCAUAGUCAGCCUGCUCACAAACAUCUUUCUGCCCUUCUUCAUUGCGCCUACUUUUGACAGCCACCCGGUGUCCGUCAACACGCACACUGGCCAACCUGUCGCGACGAAGACGACUGCAUUGCCGCGGCGGUCGUACCUCGACUACUUGAGACUACCAGGAUUCACACUCAAGCGGGCCUGGCUCGGAUCGUUGGUAUUGUUUGCCGUCUCCAUGUUCUGCACCGUCCUCGUCCGGUCGGUUGCGGGAGCCACGGUUUUGAUAGGACUGGCCGGCAUCACAUGGGCCAUGGCGCUGUGGGCUCCAUGGGCGAUUAUCAGCGGUGAAAUCAGUCGGCGAGACACCAUUGCCCGGGUGAGGCAGCUUCAGAACAUGGCACCAGGCCAGAGCAGUAGCCGGGGUGCGCCGUCGCCCAGCGGAAGCUCGCAAGGCACGGUGGAUGCCGAACUGCCCGGUCAAGGUGAAGAAGUGGACCAAGCCGGCGUCAUCUUGGGCAUUCACAACAUGGCCAUUGCAGUUCCCCAAGUCGUCGCCACCGUGGGAUCAAGCGUCGUCUUCAAGUUCCUGCAGAAGCCACGCGGUACACCCGGCGAUCAGAGUUUUGCCAUUGUCAUGGCGCUCGGAGGCCUGUUUGUCCUGGGUUCUUGCAUUUUUGCCAUGAGAAUCAAAGACGACGCAGAUGCGACAGAGGAGGCACUUCAUGACGAGGCCCGGGGUGCUUUGCUUGCCGACGAGGCCACCGGGAACUAG